AUGAGCCAUGCAUAUCCGCCAAACGCAAUUUCGAACCAAAGCAACUCUCUUUCUCUCAAAAGGAUGGGUGCACCAGACGACCCAGAGGCUCGUCACGAGGCUGAUCCUUCCCAAGAGCCUUCGCAGCCGGCGGCGGCGGCGGCGGCGACUGGACUUCCGGUGGCUCCUCCGCCUCCGCAGUUCGACUAUGGCCCCUGGUCCACCGGCCUGUGGGACUGCUUCUCCGACUUCGAACGCUUUUGCAUUAGCUUCUGGUGUCCCUGCGUCACGUUCGGCCAGAUUUCGGAGAUCGUCGACAGAGGAACUUCCCCUUGUUUUAUAAAUGGCGCAAUCUACUUCCUCAAGUGUGCACGCUGCUAUGCCUUCGUCUACCGUCUAAAGAUGAGGAAGCAAUACAGGAUCGUCGGGAGCGCCGUCGAGGACUUUGCCGUCCAUUGCUGCUGCGAGGCGUGCGCUCUCACCCAAGAGUAUCGCGAGCUCCAGAACCGCGGAUUCAACCCGUCCCUCGGUUGGGUUGAGAGCGUGGAGAGGCAAAAUCACGGGGUGGCAAUGGCUCCAACGCCACCGGUGGCUCCGAUCGUGGAGGACUGCAUGAAGCGUUGAUUGUUUCGAGCUCGUCUGAAACGGCAUCUUUGAAUGACUUCAAGCUGUGUGUCGUAACUACGUAAUCGUUAUUGUUAGUGUAUCCUAAUAAUGCGAAAGGCUGAUGUGAGUUUACUUAUACUG